UGCCACAGCUGACAUUAACGGCUACAUAAAUUAACUUUUAGAUUUCUUGGUGGAAAAAAAAAACACGCACAAAAAACGGAAUCUUGAUCGCGGUUCAAUUAAACCCACCACUGCUUGAACCUACCCAAAUGACGGCUACAUUAAAGAGUUUCAACCACUUCUCCUCCUUUAACCCGCGUAAUUACCAUUCCGCGAUUCUCUGCUAUCGCCUUCAUCGAUUCCAGCUUCGUAAUUCCAUUUCGUCUUCUGGGUUUCGGUUCUUGCGAUCCACGCAUCUCUUCUCUUCGCAGUCUGGUACACUCAUGGAGGUGUUUAAAGCAGUACUCAGGGAGGGUUCUGGUGGUUGUGAUAGGAUCGCCAUCAAAGCUGAAGAAAAGAGUUACACUUAUAGGCAGCUAAUAUCAUCUGCCCUGAGAAUAUCUGAUUUGUUCUGCAAUGAUGAUAAAACCAAUGGGUAUGAAACUAGGAAGCAUGAAGGGUAUGGAAAUCUUAAUGGGGCAAGAAUCGGAAUUGUGGCAAAACCUUGUGCAGAGUUUGUCGCUGGAGUAUUAGGGACAUGGUUUAGUGGUGGUGUUGCGGUUCCACUUGCCCUCAGUCAUCCCGAGGCUGAACUCUUACAUGUGAUGAAUGACUCGGAUAUAUCUCUGCUACUGAGUACGGAAGACCAUAGUGAAACUAUGAAAAUAAUUGCAGCUAAGAGUGAUGCCCAAUUUCUCUUAAUUCCUCCUGUUGUUAGCUCUACCUCAGAAAUUGAUGUUCAGAAUCAAUCUCAAGGUGGAAUUUCAGAAGCAGAGGGAAGGUAUCUAGAUGACCCAGCAUUGGUUGUCUACACAAGCGGUACAACUGGUAAACCCAAAGGAGUUGUCCAUACCCACAAAAGCAUCAAUGCCCAGGUUAGAAUGUUGACGGAAGCUUGGGAGUACACUUCAGCUGAUCAUUUUCUCCACUGUCUGCCACUACAUCAUGUUCACGGGCUUUUCAAUGCUCUGUUUGCUCCUUUGUACGCAGGUUCUUCAGUUGAGUUUUUGCCAAAGUUUAGUGUCAGUGGAAUCUGGCGAAGGUGGUGUGAAUCAUAUCCAGUGAAUGGGGACAGAGUAGAUGAUGCCAUAACCGUAUUCACAGGAGUUCCAACCAUGUAUACUCGAUUAAUACAAGGUUACGAAGCAAUGGACUCGGAAUCUCAAGCCAAUUGCUCGUUUGCUGCUAGGCAACUUCGCGUAAUGAUGUGCGGCUCCUCUGCUCUCCCUCAACCCAUCAUGCAACGGUGGGAAAGUAUCACGGGUCAUCGUCUUUUGGAGCGUUAUGGCAUGACAGAGUUUAUAAUGGCUAUAUCAAAUCCCCUACGAGGUGCAAGGAAGGCAGGUACAGUCGGGAAGCCUCUUCCCGGAGUGGAGGUCAAGAUUGUAGAAGAUGAAAACGAUUCAAAUGGAGUAGGUGAGAUUUGUGUAAAGAGCCCAUCUCUUUUCAAGGAAUACUGGAAACUUCCAGAAGUUACUAAAGAAUCCUUCACCGGGGAUGGAUACUUCAAGACCGGAGAUGCUGGUCGAGUGAAUGAAGAUGGAUAUUACGUGAUUUUGGGACGCACGAGCGCUGACAUUAUGAAGGUUGGGGGAUACAAGCUGUCUGCUUUAGAAAUCGAAUCUGUUCUCCUCGAGCACCCUGCAGUUGCAGAAUGUUGUGUCUUGGGUUUACUGGACAAAGAUUAUGGAGAAGCCGUUACAGCGAUAAUUGUACUGGAGGCAGAAGCUAAGAGGAUAAGAGAAGAAGAAGAAGAGGCAAAGCCUGUCAUUACAUUGGAUGAACUCUGCAGUUGGGCUAAAGACAAGCUUGCUCCUUACAAGCUUCCGACGCGUUUGCUGAUAUGGGAGAGCUUGCCCCGUAACGCAAUGGGAAAGGUGAACAAAAAGGAGCUGAAGAAAUCUCUGAAUGCUCAAGAGUGAAUGGUUUUUGGUUCAGGACAAGCAUCCAUUGCUUCUUGUAUUUCUUGUGUUAUUACCAAUAAGGUAUCACAUAUAUGAUUAAAACUAUAUAUACACAUUGUCCAUAUGGGUUUUUGGUACAUUAAGUAAAAGAUUAUGUGAACCUAAAGAAUAAGUAAAAGAUAUGUCAAAGCUCUUAAGGCAAAUGCUUGGAGAGAAAACAACCAGAAAACAGAUGAAGAACACAACCCUGUAAUAUGCUUGGAGAGAACAAACACACAAUACAUAAAAGACAGAAAAAAAAAAGGGACAAAAAA